AUGACAGCAGAACCCACCAAAGUCUGGCCUCGAGAAGGCUACCGACCAGAAUGGCUGGCAGUGAGCAUCUCAUCUCUCCCCGCCCACGUCCAACCCACGUCCAACCCACCUCCUGCGUCCUCAAGCCAACUGACACCUCACCAGCUCGAAGACGCAUCCGGCGGUCGAUAUGUCAUGACGGGCGAUUGGGCUGUCGACGUCCCCACCUACGAUGCUGUCUUCGCCGGGCUUGCAAAACAGUGGCCACCCCUCGCUGAAGAACUGAAAGUCUGGGAUGAGCGGACAGACAGCCAACAUGGUGACCUUCCAGUUCGAAUCUACAAACCGGCCUCAGACAAACCGUUGCCGCUCAUGAUCUACUUCCCUGGUGGAGGAUUCAUUGCUGGCAAUCUGGACACUGAAGACGCCCAUUGCCGGAUAUUUGCCGCCAAAGUGCCCUGUCUGGUCAUCAGCGUCGACUACCCCAAGGUGCCCAAAGUCAAACUUGACGACAUCAUCAACGUCGCUAGCCAGGCUGUUCCUUGGUGUCGCAACCGAGCCAAGGCACUGGGAGAUGAUCCUUCCAACACUCUUCUGUGUGGCGGUUCGGCUGGCGCAAUGCUCUCAGCUGAAGUGGCAUACCGUUUUAUGAUCGAGGGGGAUCAUACGUCUAUCACUGGCUGCGUUCUGAUGUUUGUUGCAUUACUCUCCUGGAAGUACAACGGGAAGUACAAGCAUAUGUACACCUCGUGGGAGGAUAACGGAAAAGCGGGCACUCCCGUGUUUGGUCUCGAGCUGGCCAAGUUCAUCUGGUCCCAUUACGAUAUCGACUUUGACAGUCCACGACACCUCAUAGGCCUAGCAGACGACCUAUCCAAGUUUCCUCCAUGCUAUAUUGUCAAUGCCGAAAAGGACUGCUUUCGAGACGACGGAGCCGUCUUGGACUACAGACUCAGAGAGAGCGGGGUCAAAAGUAAGCUCGACUACUACGAGGGACUUCCCCAUUAUUUCCAUGCCUUCCCGAGCCUCGCGGUUGCCCACGAGAUGAUGGAAAGGGCGGUAGAGGGAGCCAGAUUCGUGUUGGAGUAG